AUUCCAUUAAUUGCUACUCUCUUCACAACUCAAACAUGGAAUAUCACAAUCCAAUCAUGGGGCCACAAUACUGUCUUCCCUACGCUACAGAUCUUGUUUUCUCCAAAACAAUCGCCGGAGUGAGGCAUGGUGAGCUCGCCGUCACCGACGUUAACGGCAAACCCCUCUUUUGGUUUGAUGGCUCUUCUAAAGAUAACAUGUGGUUCUUAGUUGAUGCAAACUCUUCAAGCCCUCUCAUUUCCCUAAAAAGAAAAAAGAGUUGGAGUUGUCAUGAUCGGUGGCAAGUAUUCAGAGGUGCUAGCAAGAAGAAAAGAGAUCUGUUGUUUAAGUUGAAGAGGAGCUCAUCAUUUGGGUUCAAUACAUUGUGGCGAGUGAAUCUUGCUGCUAAUAAGACCAUAGAGAAUAAGUAUGAUUUUAAGAUAAAAGGAGGGUAUAAAAAGAGAUCAAUCAAGAUUUACAAGGGGGAUACGUCCAUUGUUGUUGCUCAGAUGAGGAAGGAACACAAGUUUGUGAAUUUGCCAUGGGACAAACAUGCAUUUGUGGUGAACAUCAAUCCAUACACAGACCAUGCCUUUAUUGUCUCACUCGUUGUUAUCCUCCAUCUCCAUCAUCUCCCUAAAGAAGUUGAUUCUUCCAUGCCGGAGGUUAUAGAUGCAAUCGCUCAAGUUUUGCAAGCAGCAUCUUCAUGAGCUUGAAAGUCAAGAAGACCGUCUGCAGUCAAAUAUAUUUCUUUGGGUAUUUCUUUUUCUCUGAAGUGAUCGGCAUAUUACAUAUGCAUAUUGAUAUGUGGUUGAUUUGUCCAUGUUUUUUUUUUAUUAUUCAUCUUAUGAUAAAAUUGUUGUUUUUUUAUUAUUCAUUUUAUGAUAAAAUUGUUGGCAUAUUUUAAUGUGCUUGUAAUGUAUUAUUAUUUGAAAAA